UCUAACUCCCCCCCUCUCCUCAAGCUCAUCAUCACCAUCUCCCCCCCCCCUCCAGCCGUCUUUAGUGAGGCGGAGUCUGCCGCCGAUGUCACGAGAGGCCCCAUUGGCUGGCAGGGCGCGUGACCGCGCGCGGGUGCGAGAGAGGAGUGGGUGGGUGGGAGGUGGGUGCCGCUCGUCCUGGCGCUUGAAAAUGUUUUCUCGGGAUGCCGCCGCUGCUGAUGAUGAUGCUGCUGCUGCUGCUGCAGCUGCAGCUGCAGCUGCUGAUGAUGCUGCCGCUGCUGCUGCUAUGUCGGGUGGCUGCUGCGAUGCCAAGAAUCACCCCGAGCCAUUGUUCGCGCCGCCACCUCCGCGCCUGAAGAUGUCAUCGCCGUCGGCCCCGUCGUGUCCUCCGAACGCGUCGGGUCUCGCCAACUCGUUCCUCGUCGACUCGCUGCUCGUGGGCGCGAGUCGGGCGGGCUCGGCCGACUUGUUCUACGCGGGCAAAAGCGGCCCCCUCUACGCAGGCUCGGCCGCGAGUUUGCAGCACCAUCACAAUCACCACAAUCACCACAAUCACCACCACAAUCACCACCACAAUCAUCACAAUCACCAGCAGCAGCAGCAGCAUGGCUACGCAGCAGCCGUGCAAAAUUGUAGCCUCGUGCAAUCACUCGUCAAACGCUCGGACCUGCCACCGCCCCACCACCACCACCACCAUCCUCACGCUGUUCACCACUACCACCACCACCACCACCAGCAGCAACAGCAGCAGCAGCAGCAGCGCCUAACUCUGGGUUCGCACCACCCCGCCACUGUGUACGCGACCUCUAUGCCCGAGGGCGGAUCGUGGGGAGAUCCGAUCCGGGCAUGCGGCCAGCUGGACGCGAACCAAUGCGCGCCUCACGGAGCCGUCUUCUCGCCGCACGCCGUCAAAGAGGAGGACGCCUACUGCCUGUACGGAGCCGUCGACGUGGCUCGGGCUGCCAAGGCCGAGGCGACGCACGCGCGCCUUCAACUGCAGGGCGCCGAGGCUUCGUCAGCCGCGGCCGCGUCUGACGGAGGCGCAGGAGUUCCCGUGCCCGGCUACUUUCGCCUGGGGCAAAUGCCCUCCGCGGUGGCGGUGAAACCCUUGGAUUUCAGCGCCUUGGAGGAUGUCUCGCCCGGCGGCUUUUCGCGGUCGCCCGAGUUGAAUCACGAGCCCGCCGUGGUAGCGGCGGGGGCAGCGGGGGCAGCCGAGGCCACGGCAUCGCUGUCGGCAUCCCCGGCUCGAUUCACGCCCAGCGGACUGCCGGACGCGGCACCGGUGGCGAUUGGCUCAGCGGCCGGUGGCAGACCGGGGACUCCCGAGGAGCUGGGGUCACCGAAUGAGCCCCCCAUCUCCGCUCCCCACGCUGGGCCCCCCGCUUUGGGCGGACCCAUCAACCACAACCACAACAACCACCACCACCACGACCACCACCACCAGAUCGCACCCUCGCACCGCGCGGAGAGCGGUGGCUUCAGUCCCGGGGGCACGCCCAAGCCAGAGGUUGUCAUCCGCGACGGAGACGCCGCACGCGAGGCCCCGGGCGGCUGGCUGACGGCCAAGAGCGGACGGAAGAAGCGGUGCCCCUACACCAAGUACCAGACGCUGGAGCUCGAGAAGGAGUUCCUCUUCAACAUGUACCUGACGCGCGAGCGGCGUCUCGAGAUCAGCCGCGGGGUCAACCUCACCGACCGCCAGGUCAAGAUCUGGUUCCAGAACCGACGGAUGAAGCUCAAGAAGAUGAAUCGCGAGAUCCGUGUCCGCGAGAUGACGGCUCCGUACCCCUUCUCGUAGAGCCGAGGUGGGUGGUAGGUUCGGGGAGGACACAGGGAGGCGUGCGAUUCCGUGCGCCGUCGAGUGAGGGUUGUGCUCGCUCCACUUGGCAUCGACCCACCGGGUCGAGGCGUAGCCCUGGAAAGCGGCUAAGUCGAACAGUUGAGGUGGCGCGUUGUUGACGAACUCUGGGGCGAUAUCACGCAUCGCGACAUCGCCAACAACGCCGUGGAUUGGUUGUUUACCGUCGGCGUUUGUUCACGAAUCCUUCGCACGGCCGGACUGGGCCACCAAAUGCGUCCGCUCCAAACGAUCCCUUCGCGGCUCUGAGAGAGUGGUAUGGAUAUUACACAUUCCUAUGACGGGGGCCCAGACUGUUUAAACAACAACAACAACAACAACACACGCCACAAGAUGUUGUUGACAUAAAAACGACGCAAAACCAUCAGUGACCAACAACAAAAAACACGAUUAAAGCAACGUUCACAUUGAGGUCGCGUUGUUUUGCUGUCGAGGUCACGUGGUUUCUCGCGCGCGUGUGCACACGUGGCCAAUUAAAAUAUUUUGAAGAAACAAAUCGAAGAGUGUUACUCGUUGUGCCGCGCUGCUUGUGACGAUGAACGUGGAUUUGUUGG